AUGAGCCAGGCUGAGAAUCCGACGAAACCCUGCCACAACUGCAGGCGGCAGCGGCUACGAUGCGACCGCUCGUACCCGCACUGCACUAAGUGCACAAACGCCGGCAAGGACUGUCUCGGAUACGGGAAGCUUUUCCGAUGGACUGGUGCCGUGGCUAGCAGAGGCAAGCUCGCAGGUCGCACGUCGAGUGCUCCCGUCCCUGCAGGAAGCGCGGUAGCCGCCACGACGUCGUUGACGUCGUUUGCAUCGUCUGGGGCUCCGCCGAAUUAUCCCGGCGAUGUGUCGGCGGCGUCGUCUCCGGAAUCUCACAACUCUCCGCGGACACCGCCACCCGGCGACGGUACCGCUCCUGAGCACUUGCAGAUUGUCCGCUCACGAGCGACUUCUGUCGACUCGGAAUUGAAAAUGCCCUACGUCCUUAUUGAUCCGCUAUAUCAGGAUCUAGGAAAUUCUCACCGCUACUACUUAUCAUACUUCACAAAUCGUGUCUGCAAGGACUUGGUUUCACAAGAUGUGCCCUCUAAAAAUCCUUUCCGCACCCUAUUAUCGCUCACAAAAGCGCAUCCCCUGCUGCAGCACAUUAUUGUCGCCGCCUCGGCCGCGCACAUGUCCAACCUCAUGAAGGCCCCUUUACCCUCAAUGCAGGAGAAUCGCAUGAUUGCUUUCAAUCGACACAAUGCUUCCCAAAGAGCCCUGCAAGAUGCAUUGGUGGCAAAGCAUAAGGCGCUGCUUCUCAUGCACGAUGCGGUUCAAGAUAUCGAUGCCACAGGGGGCGAUGUUGCUCUAGCUGCAGCUCUUUUCUUUGUCAAUGUCGAGCUUAUUGAGUCAGGAAAGCAUGGCUGGAGGGCCCACUUGGAAGGCGCUGGCAGAAUCAUGUCCCUGCUCGAACCGUCAAGCUACUUCAUAUUGGGCUCGGCUUUUAUGCCUAUCAAAUUCCAAACCAAGUCAUAUUUCGAAGCUUCGCAAAUUCCCUCGAUUCUCAACCGGGCUGCUGCCAACAGCUACCUGUGCUGCCCACCAGCCAUUCUUCAAAUUCUUCAUGGAGCUUCCCAGCUCUCCAACAUGCAACAUGAUGCCAUAUCACCCGGCGAGAUCGAAGCGGUCGGACUAGCGCUACUACAUCAAGCACGCAGUUUUGAUAUCGUUGCCUGGGCGAAUGAUGCCAGGAUAGUAUCGUACCUUGAAGGCAUACCAAUAGAGAGUCGUAUCCACGCUGGUUCGGCGCACCGUCUCGCGGCUUGUCUUUACAUACUGCAGGCCGUGCCGGCGGUUGGGGCGGCAGUUGGACCUGAGUUUUCCCAGGAGCUGAUUCGAGAUAUCUACGAGCAUCUUGCAGGUAUUCCCGACGAUGACCCCAACUUCAAGGCCACAACCUGGCCUACGUUCAUUGUUGGCGCCGAGGCGACGGAUGAGCAGCAACAGAAGUGGGUCAUGGACAGGCUGCAGCGCCUCGUUGUGAACUGUCCCUGGGGCUUCCUAUACACAGCAAUGGAAACGUUGCCAGUCAUCUGGGGGCUGGACAAAGAGAAAGCGUCCCGUGGCUGGAUUCAGACUCUCAAAGAUCCCGAUAUGAACUUCCUCCUCGUCUGA